GUUAAUAAGGGAUAAAGGAGAGGUAUUUGAAGGUUAUAAUUAGGAUAUAUGAAUAUUUUAGUAUUUUAAUGAUAGGAUUCUCUUUUUCGGAGAAAAAAUUGGGUUUUUUUGGCUCUUUUUAUCUUAAACAUUUUUGAAAUUAGGAUUGGGUGAUGCCACGAAUACCUGUACGUGUGGAGCCAUAUUCUAGUCCUUCGCAUCAGAAUAGACACUUUAAGUGUAAGCGUGAUAGGAUUCUUCGUGCUUUAUGCAAGUCUUGCUAUAUAAAUAAGUCUAAUUUUGCGAUUUUGUUGGUUAAUUCUAGGGGGGAUUAUGAAACGUAUGCAAGUGAAGCAUUUCAGGGACAAUUGAAAUCGUGGUUUAAUCAGAAGGUUUUGAAUGAUGCUCAAAAGUUAGCACUUGCUUAUCAAAAAUCUGGAGACACGUUUAAAGAUGGAUUAGCUAAGAAAAAUAUUAGAAACAAGGAAAAUAUUGAAUUAAAAGAUGAUAAGAUGAAUGGAAUAUGUUAUCCUGGUGUUUUAAGUGAAGAUGAUGUUUUAGGAUUAAAGUGUUCUGAUUCAUUGGAAAAAUUGUUUGAAGGGCCAUCAUAUGAUAAAUCUUUGAUGAGUGAUAUUAUGAAAUCAAUCCUUGGUGUAAAUGAAUUUUUCAUUCCAAAAGAGAAGUCCCUUUCAUCGAAUACAACAUGUGAUUCACGGGAUUUUCAAAAGCAGGAGGAUGUGAAUAAGAAUAGUCUUUCUGUUGAAGUAGAUACUGAUGAUAAGAGUAACGAAUAUGUUUCUGGGGAAGUUAAGUAUAGGUCUCUUGUUAUUGGAAAUACAGCUGAAGUUAUUGCAUUUAUGGAGUCUCGAUUUAAACAGUUGCAACAAUCCGUAUGUAAAAUUGUGGCAAAAGCAUGGAUUAAAGUGAUUGAACCGAAGAAGCAAACUCGUUAUCCUUAUAAUAGGGGUGAUAAGUCUAAGCCUUCGUGGUGGCCUGUAAAUAUACGUCAUAAAGAGCCGGAUCACCUUAUGAAAUCAGAAAGAAUUGGCCUUCUUCUUACUAUGUUAAGAUGUUCUAGAAUUCCUAUUAAUAGACUUGAGCUAGCGACUGCUGAGAUUUCUGCUUUUAUGCCUCCUAAUAAAACAAGCCUUUUGAGAGAAAUUUAUCAAGUAGCACGACAGGAAGAAAGAAUGAGAAAUGGGGAAAUUGACAAAUCUACUGAAAUAUAUAUUACGUUAACUGCUUAUGAUCUUUGUUCGAAUAAUAAAACAGUUUCUUCUGAAAUAGAUAAUCAAUUUAAUCAACACACGUCUUCGUCUUCUGCUUUUCUACCAGAAUCAUCAAUACAAUCGCAUCAAAGUCAUUCAGAUGAAGUUGAACCGGUUCAUAAUUUAGGAGUUGUACAGAAACAUCUUUGUUCUAAUCGUGUUACAAAUGAACAGGAUACUGAUUUACAUAAGGAUUAUUUUCCCCCUUAUACACAUGAUUCUAUUCAAGUGGAGAAUCAAAUAUAUUCAGGGGAUCAAAAUCACCUUUCUUCUGAAUAUUUAGUGCUUAAAAAACAUGGGAUAGAAGACAUGAGUAAUCAUACGGAUGUUUAUGCUGAAAAGGACAAUAAUAUAAAUUCUCAGCCAUUGGGUAAUUUUUCUGUUUUUAAGAAAAAUAUGAACGAUUCUUUUUAUUCUAUGAAUUCUUCUGACUUUAAGGAGGGCGAUCGAAGUUGUUAUCCGAUCACGUCUAUGUUUCCUCUUUCUUCUGAUCAAAUUUUUAAUUCUUCUUAUGAUCUUUCUUUACUUGACAAGAGUCUUUCGAUGCAUCCAAAACAUGUACUUCAUAACUAUUCUUCGUCUUCUGACUCGAGUUCAAAUUCUGCUAUUUCCACCUACUCAACAACUGAUUUAUUCUCACAAAAGAAUCAUCAGCAUAUAUCAGAAAUGUUUUCUCCCAAUAAUUCUAAAUAUUGUUUGAGUUAUUCUAAUAUGAAUUAUUCUUGUUUUCCUUUACAUCCAGAUACUUUUUAUAAUGAUGGAUCAUCAGGUGCUUGUUUUUCUAUCCCAAUGAAAACUUCUGUGGAUCCUUCUGACUUUCCUGAUUCUACUGCUAUUUUGCAAAUUAAAUAUGGUCAGGAUAAAACUGCUAAAAAGGCUAAAGAAGGUUUUGUAAAAGAUACAAAUUAG